AUGUAUUCAAUCGAGCAAUUGAAAGAUCAUCGUUCAAGUUCAGUAUUUUACGUUUUAAAUCGAGCAUUUAAAGAAAUGUCACCACUAUUAAUUGCAAUUUUGGCUCACAGACUCGAUAUAAUACAAUAUCUCUUAGAAAACAAAUAUCCUGUUAACUCUUAUGUUGGAGGUACAUAUGCACUUCAUGUUGCUUGUUUCUUAAAUUACCCUGAUGUAGUAGAUCUUCUUUUAUUCUAUGGAGCAUCACCAAUUUUAGUAGAUGAUCGAAAUUUAGAUCCUUUAUCAAUAGCUGUUACAUACGAGUAUAUUGAUAUAAUAGAAUCAUUGUUAUAUACUGGUUAUGAUCCAAAAUAUCUAGCCUUGCCGUUAUUUAUAGCUAUUACAAAUAAUAAUAUUGAUAUAGUUGGAACAUUGGUUUUACAUGGCGCUGAUGCCAACAUAGAAUGUAGUAUAACAAAGAAAAAACCUAUAGAUAUUAUUAAAUCUUCUCAAGUUGAAAUCACAAAUAUUAUACAAAACGUUAAACCGCUUCCUAAAGCCGAUUUGAGUAAAAAGGCGAGAUUAGAUUUUAUAACUCCUUCCUGUCAAGCUUUGAACUCAUUAGUCGAAGAUAUAUCUUACAGUUUUAAGCCAAAAGACAUUACAUUGCAUCAAAUUGUUAUUAGAUCUAAGGAUUCUAAUUAA